AUGGAGAAGCUUGUUGACCUUGGUCUUACAAAGCACGUUGGCGUUUCUAACUUUACAAUCAAUAUGCUUGAACGUCUCAAGCAUUCUGAUGCAAAGCUUAUUCCUUACACAAACCAGUGCGAGUUCCACCUUUACCAUCAGCAAGGACCACUUCGUAAGUACUGCCAUGAAGAAGGAAUUAUCUUCACAGGCUAUUCUACACUUGGAACAGCUGAUUCUGCCACAUCAGAUUUUCCAGUUCUUAUUAAGGAUGAAGAGCUUGUUAAGGUUGCUUCUGAAACAGGAAAAACAGUUGGCGAAGUUGAACUCAAGUUCCUCUUAACAAUCGAACCAGGUGCUUCACUUCUCGCGAAGUCUAUUACUCCAGAACGUAUUUACAAGAACAAUCACCUUGAUUUCGAACUUACAAAGGAUCAAGUUGAAAGAUUAAGAAGAAGAGAAAGAGCUUUUAGAUACUGCGACCCAAGAAGAUUCUGGAAUUCUGAUAUUUAUGGUGAUGGUUACUAA